AUGUGCACAGCUGAUAGCAUGAUUAAGGAGCCAACAUGGUACGGCAGUGAUAAUUCACUGAAUUUUCUUCAAGAUGUGUUAAAAAUUGAUCCCGGCGAGGUUUCAAGGUUGUUUGCAUUGUGGGAAUGCACUUGUAACCAGAACACGUCGGAACUUGAUACACUUGCUGUUGUACACAGCCAAUGUGUGGAGUUGAUCCAGACCGGCCUCAAUUGCUUACUCAACAAUGGAGCAGUUUCCAUGAACUAUGUAAAUUACAAGACUGCUAUUGUGCAAACCCACAAGGUCCGGUUGGUCAAUUGGCCCACUGGCCUGAAAUUUGUCAAUCCAUCCUUCAUAGGAACUGUUGGUGAUAUACAAACCCUUCGCAACUCCCUAAGGACUAGCAAGUACCAUUGGGAGAAGCUCAAAAGACUCCAACAAAUGGCCCAUAAACUCAACCUAGAGAGAUGUCAAGAGGCUGGAGAAAUCGUUGGGAAACCACAAAAACAGCGCUCAGACGCUGGUACCAAGUGCAAGGUGGAAGAGGAGCUGCCCCAGCACAAAGAGGCCGUGGAGGGGAGCGGGGUCAAAGUGCAAUAA